GGUAGCGAAACUGCCCCAGAUUAUCCGCCAAGCUAAAUAAAGGAAGAGAGGGCGAUGCAGGCGCCCACCUCCGGCGGCCAGCGCCGAGAAAACUACUCCGUACGAGACUAGCCCUUCGUUACGUGGCGGGCAACAUGCAGCACCGGCCUCCACGCCCCUCCACGUACCCCGCCUCGCGCCGAAACCACCCCCACGCAGCCACGCCAAGUCGCCAACCCGAUAGCUCGGCAACCAACCAACAGAAACUCAAUACCGCCUAUGCCAUCCCAACCCAACGGCGGCCGUGUCGAUCCUGUAUCGCACGCGGCGACCUAUAAAGCCGCGCACCAGUCACCCCACCGCUGUUUCCUCAAAGCAAUGUCCGGUUCUCUCUCUCUCUCUCUCCGGCAGCAGGUGACAGUGUUGAGUUGAGUGAGGCACAGGCAUGGUGAGCCGUGAGCACCACCACGACUACGAGCACCUCGUGCUCGACCCGGCGGCGCUGGGCGUCUCCUGGGCUAACCCGGCGGCGGUGGAGAUCCCUCCACAGCUCCUCGCCGCGCUGGGGGAGUACCUCUCGGCCGGGCGCGGAGACGGGGAUGCUGAGGCCGAGGCAGAGGCCGACGACGAGUUCAUGAUGUACGAGUUCAAGGUGCGGCGGUGCGCGCGGGCGCGGAGCCACGACUGGACGGCGUGCCCCUACGCGCACCCGGGCGAGGCCGCACGGCGGCGGGACCCGCGGCGCGUGGCGUACACGGGCGAGACGUGCCCGGACUUCCGGCGCCGGCCGGGCGCCUCGUGCCCGCGCGGGAACACGUGCCCGUUCGCGCACGGCACGUUCGAGCUGUGGCUCCACCCGUCGCGCUACCGCACGCGCCCUUGCCGCGCGGGCGCAGCCUGCGGCCGCCGCGUCUGCUUCUUCGCGCACACGGCCGGCGAGCUCCGCGCCGCGCCCAAGGAGAACUCGCCGCUGUCGCUCUCGCCCAAGUCGACCCUGGCGUCUCUCUGGGAGUCGCCUCCUGUGUCGCCGGUGGAGGGUCGACGGAGAUGGCUCGACGCCAUCGAUGAGUCGGACGCGGACGCGGAGAUGGAAGAGCUGAUGCUCGCAAUGCGGGAGCUCAGCUUCAGGACGGCCACGGCGCCGGCAGUGCCGGUGCUUCCUCCUGUCACGGAGGACGACGGGCCGGACUUCGGGUGGGUGUCGGAGCUGGUGAUGUAGUUCCAAGCCCAAGAUGGGAUCUCGUUCGGCGAUGACAAGAGGCUCCUCUCGCGCCACUCGGAACAGCUUCAUUAAUUCUAGUAUUUCGCAAAUUUGCAUCAUUCUUCUGUGGAUAAACAAAUAUGUUACAAGUGUUAAUAGAGCAAUCUGUAAGUUUGGCGUGUGUUCCCUCUUUUUUUUUCGAAAAUCGUGGGCGUGGCAUGCUACUGUCCAGGGUUUUCGAUUAUCAGUGUAGAAUUGCAGAUGCCAAGUGUAAUUGGAUAGGAGCUUUGGCUGUUUCGUGAUGUAUCAUCACAGUUGAUGAUGUACGUAUGAUUAAAUGAGGAGCAUAUAUCC